CAGUUUCAAGACAGUCGGUAGCAGGUGAUUCGAAUCAGAACCAAAAUUAUCUUAGGUUUUAUGUCACUCGUUUUUUUGCGAUCUCAAAUGUAGUUACUUUUGAAAAAUUGCAUUUAUUCAGUAGUCUGUGGUGCUAUUUAAUCUCAUGCUGAGAUUUUUUUUUUCUUUGUUGCCAUUUUUGGUUAGGUUAACAUAAAUUUGGCUUUAAAUCAAAUGUUGCUAAGAGAGUUUUCAGCGAAUAAGUUCUUUUUUGCUUCUAAUUAGGACUUGGCUGCUUGUAUAAUUUUUUCCUGGCUUUUUUUGAGCCUCAUUUUUUCCCCAAAUUCCUCGAAGGCGAAAAGUGUUGUUUUCAUUUAGAGAAUUCGCACCAUUGAGGAUUUAUUUUUAAUCCUUCUACCAAGGCUGCAUUGGAAGUUACUUGCCUAACUCAGUGGAUUCUUUGUAUAAUAUGCAAGGCGUUACUAGACGGCUGCAAAUCCCCUAUUAUCUCGUCUUACUCUCCCUUCGGUUUGCUUAAUCCGUAAAAAACUGUUUUACUUGUGAUUCAUUAAUGCUGGCUCUUUCUCGAAAUCUCGACGUUCUAAACUCCUCUUUUCUGUUUUGGCGUUUAUUGCUUUGCGGCGGCUGAAAAUUAGAAAAGAUUUCUUCCUUUUGAUUGGUUUCCAAUACAUGAUUCCUAUCUUUAUCGUUGAAAUAGAAGUCAUUCUUCUCAAAUUUUGAAGCGAUAAAGAACCGCUGAGAUCUUUGAGUACAGAUGCUUCUAAUUUUGCCUUUCAAACCACAUUUCUCUGGCUUGUUGUACCAGUUUGUUCAUUAGCUAGCGUAUCAGUUUUCAAUCUUUCUUGAAGUUUUGUAUUACACUUUAUCGAUUUUUCAGCGUGUUAUUCUUCAUUGCUAUAACUGGCUCAUGUGCAAAUGAGGAAGGUGUCUGUGGUUUUAAUAGUUUGAAGAGUGACUGGAUUGAAAUUCUGAUGCAUUUCCAAUUCAUUCAGUACCGCCUACUCAUCAUUAUCAGUCAUAUAACUCGUUUAGGCCUAUUCAAAGCAAAAGUAGGGGGAUUAUUUUAGGGCUUGGUUACUAGCCUACCAUUCCAUUGUCUUCUAAUCUACAUGAAAUCUUCAUACAAAAACAGUAGAGCAAUCUGUUACCUUAAUCAUUCAUGAAAAAGGAUGUUCUCAUGGCAGAAAAUCCAAAUGGCAGAAAUUUUACAACCUAUCAAAAGCCCUGUAGUUUGCUAUUUUCUCUGAUUUUUCACGAAUUGUUUUUGCUGUUAAGUUCUGUGACUUCCCAAAUCUGAUUGGUUUAUGCAAAAUUCUUUCUUUCGGUUCUUCUUUCAUUUUAAAUUUCUCCAAUUGAUGAGUGCAAAGUCAUGAAUGAUGUUUUGCGAGCUUCGAUAAAAUCCCGAGGUAAUUGUGUUUGCAGUAGUGAUGAUGAAAUGAGGGGUGGGGUUAAUUGUUAGUAUUGAUUUUUCAUGAUUGAACUAAUGAUGAUUGGAUCUCGGAUAUCUGGUGGUAAUCGAUUGCGUGCACCUGGUAGUUUUUCUAUUUUUUUCCAUUUUCUGGUUGCCAUUUGCUUGCAAUUGCUAUCCAUGUUCUAGCAUUGCGUCUAAUCAUGCCAAACAGAGGUCGCAUAUUGCAUCAUUAGUUAUGCGAUAUGGUAUUCUGUUCUUUUUAUCGCGCUUUAAUUUUUUGUGUAGAAGCGACACAAGUAUGGUGGUGUGUGUUCCUCACAGAGCUCAGCCAGUUAUAACACUCUAAUAAGGGCAAUAAUCGCAAAAAUAAUUAUAGUUAAAGGCAUUACUAUAACCAAUACCAUCAGCGAUAAAUUCCACAUACCACCACCAGGCUCCUACUAGAAUUCCAUCUCAAGCAAAUUUGCCGCUAUUCAGUUUUUACCGCCGCUGGAAUGUGAAUAAAAGUCCCGCUCUGGUAAUGCAUUUUAUUGAAAAUGACCGAGCACAAAUAAGCGUAUUGUCGACGCGUUUCUGUCCAAAUUCAUAUUGGAUUGACAUCCAUUGUGGUACUCCUGGUUCUUCAGAGCAAAGCACAUUUCGGUGUCAAGUAGCUUUAUUUGCACAUUAUAUAAUCGUAGUUGACUAACAGCCAUGAAAUUAUCUAGCUCAGAGAUUUGACUAUGAAUAGGAAUUUAGACCUGGCUUUAUUUUUUCAACCUGCUACCGAUUUGAUUAGACAGUAAGAUAGUGUAACUAACAGAUAGGUUCAAGUCCAUUCCAUUGCAAAAUAAGUUUGCGCUCAAUUAUAACCGAGUCCAAGCAGGUAACCCGCAGCCAGUACCCAGGCAUUGUUUUGGACACUUAAUCUUAAAUUUACAACCUUACAAAUGCUCCCGGCCACUAUUUAGCCCACUUUUCCGGGCAACUACUGUGCCAUAAACGAAAGUGAACUAAAGUGGAAAACUUGAAAUAUAUUUGGUAGCAAAUAAACCUGUGACGAAAAUUCUCAAGUUGUAACUUCACCUCCUUUAUCUUGUUCUGGUGUUUAUCUUUUGCCCCGAAUUUACUUCAGUUUUUUUCUCCAAUUUUAUCAUUUAUUAGUUCUGCAUCGCGAUUUUAUUUGCCGCGUCAAUGCAAGAGUGAUACCAGUCAGUCGGAAUGAGCGCUAAUUACGAAACAUCGGGGACCAUGGCACCGGAUACAAUAUCAGGUGAAAAUGGUAAUGAAGGUGUUGUCACUGAUCUUGCAACCACUGGAGGCUCAACAACUGAGAAGGUCGGAAUGACAGCGCAGAAUUUAGACACCGCUUUACAAAAUGCAUUUACGACUGUCAAUAUUUUUAUUUUGAUUCUCAUUAUGAUCGCAAUGGGAGCGAAAAUGAAGCUGAAACAUAUUCGCGAGCACGUACAGAAACCAAUGGGACCUCUGGCUGGAUUCAUUUCUCAAUUCGUUAUCAUGCCACUAGUCGCUUUUGUAGUCGCACACAUUCUUAGAAUGGAUGCUGCGCAUGCAAUAGGAGCUCUGAUCAUGGCAUGUUCUCCAGGAGGUGUCAUGUCAAAUAUGGUCACAUUCUACACCAACGGAGACUGCUCGUUGAGUAUCACAAUGACAACACUGUCUACAAUUAUGGCGUUCGGAAUGAUGCCCGCAAAUCUUUGGCUCUACACUCGAAGUUGGACUGCGGAUACUGAGCUGGACAUUCCAUAUGCCUCAAUUUUACUCUCACUGCUUCUCAUUCUGAUUCCAGUUACUGCCGGAUACAUGUUCAUUAUGAAGUAUCCCAACAUGCGAGGUGUUGUUGCACAGACGGGGUCCUUCUCCGGUGUCCUGGCAAUCGUUAUUUCAAUGCUGCUCUUCAUGUUUAUGCACUGGUCACUGAUGCUCGAAGCUUCAAAGCACAUUUGGAUAGCAACUGCAACUAUGCCAAUACUGGGAUUUGUCCUGGGAUAUAUGCUAUCUGCCCUAUUCUGCCUCAGUGCGAAACAAAAAAGGACGGUCGGGUUCGAAACCGGCUGUCAGAAUGCUUCAAUCGCUUUUUCAGUCAUUUCGACUUCGUUUAAACUCGAUGCCGUGGGGCAUGUUUUACUGGUUCCUCUUCUCUUUUGCCUGUUUUCGUUUAUAGAAGGCUGGCUCUUUGUAAUUUUUUGGCAGCUGGCAACAUGGGUUAAGAGAAAAGUCGAUGAUUGGAAAGAGGACGGCUGGGCGUGCGUAGACUGGGAAGAAUCGAGUGACGAAUCAGAUAAGGAGGAGGAGAAGGAAUCUGGCCAUUGGGUCAAACCACACUACUUCUCUGCCAUUUCCCAUGCAUUAUCAAGUCGAAUGAAACGUAAGGAAACAGAUGGAAAUGAUCAACAGGCUUCAGUGCCGAAUACGCCUAACAUGCAACUUCACGUGGCUGCAAGACAUGGAAGCAGGAAUCCUCAAUUGCCUAAUGGAUCUGUAUGCUUCUCGGGGUACGAGAUGACUAACAAUCUGCGUAUGACAGCUCUAUCGAUGUCACAAAACAGCGGCGACAGAGGAGUGGAGAGGGUGGGCACCUCGGGAUCUCUGCGACAUAACACGCAUAGCGGAGUUCGCAGUAGUCACGCUGUGAACGAAUCACAGUACCAGCAAUUUCCUCAUUACGCACAGUUCCCAAGUGGGAGGGAAUCAAGCAGCCUCACGCGAGGCCAGUCAAUGACAGCAGGAACAUCGGAGCAUCGAAGGGACCGAUUGGCAGUGAUGUCAGGGGGGCAGUGUCAGUUGUCCUCCUCGGCAGGCGCUAAUAAUCUGUCGACAGGAAGUGCGUUCAUGGAAGCUGCAACGAUGGUCGCUUCUGAUUCGGUGAGCCGACAUCAUUCGUGUUUGGGCCUGGAUCCGAGAAAUAUCAUCACCGAUGUAUGACACGAGAACAACUAAUCAUAUUUUUUGAGAACUCACAAUUUAGUGGAAUACAAAUUAAUCACCACUAGUAUUACCGGUUAUUGAACCUAAUCAAUUUAACCUGUAAGCUGAUGAUCUUGUUAUACGUAUGUGUAUAUUGGAGCCAUAAGUUAAGAUCAUUGUUCCGACCAACCCCCUCAAAAAAGAACUUUGCUGUAAGGUGUGUUUUUCCUUGAAUUGUACUAC